AUGUUUUGCAAUUCCGAUCAGGGACGGACUGUUGAUUUGUCAAAAAUGACAACAAGUAAGAUGUACUGGCUCCCACUUUUGCAUGUAAAGGCUGAAUCAAAGUGCAUUCCAAGAAACCUCAGAUCCAUCCGAUUUCUACAUUUAGUAAAUCUGAUCAUGCAAAUAUUUUACAAGAAACUUUGGUACUCCUUUCAACCUUAUUUUAGUGCCAAUGAAGAUCUUCAGUGUAAUGACAGAAGAUGCAAAAUUGUCAAACUGGCUUCAGAAUUCUUGAUCAUAAAAACUUUACCUCUACAGCUUCCCAAAUGCGUUGCCUACUUUGGUCCAGCCAAAGUCGAAGGUGUUUUUAAUGUUGAAGAAAGUGCGGUUUCAGGGCAGGGAGGAGUUCAGCUGAAGUGGACUGGAAGUCUAAGUUCAGUAAAAAUUCACGGCAAAGUGGUUCAAGUACCAUUUGAAAUUGCCUUUCUUGGAGAACAAGAAAGAGGCGAGGAGUUCACCUUCACCUUUCUUUCUUCACCCUCACAAAAAUACAGUCUUUUGUUAGUUUUCAUUUCACUGCUAGGAACAGUCGCCUGCGCUCAAUAG